GUCGAUUAGUUUGGAAAGUUUGAUGGAUGCCACAGCCCUUCAUUAUGAAAACCAGAAGUUGGUGCAGCAAUUGGAAGCACAGAAGUCUGAAAUGCAUGUGUUGGAAGCUAAGUUCAAGGAGUUGAGGAAUGAACAAUCUUCUUAUGACAAUACUUUGAUUUCCCUGGAUAAGAUGUGGAAUCAGCUUGUUGAUGAUUUAAUCUUGCUUGGAGUUCGAUUUGGUGGCGGUUUGAAUAAUUUGCCUGCACUUGACCAUGAAGAGUUGUCAGAAGAAUCUAUCGAGUCAUGUCCUUCUGAGGAAAUUUUUCUCUUCAUGCUCUUGAAGUCCAACAAUUAUGGAAAAAAGGACGACAAUAGCUUGUUGGAAUUCGCUGAAGAAGCUCUUGCUUUGCGCCGUUCGGCAACUCUUGCUCUGAUGAGGUCCCUUCAAGAGGCUAUUGCUGCACAACAGGCUAGAAGUGAAUAUUUGUCAUUAGCUUUAAAUGGAGAGAAGUCAAAUGAAGAUGUUGUUGUUGCCCUCCAAAACCACAAUGAUCACUUGAAAGAGGUGGUUGGCAAUGUCCGUGAAGCUAUUUCUAUCGUCAAUGAGAAGCAUAAAAGGUAUCUGGAUGAGAUUGAGGCUUUCAAAAGCAGCUACUCGAAAGAAUUGCAGGAAAUCAAGCAUCUUUCAGGAGAGCUAGAGGAAACCAUGGCAGAGCUUGAGGAAAGUCGACGGAAGUUGGUUAUUCUCCAGUUGCAGAGGCAUGGAAGUUCGCUAAUGAACAUGUCUGGUCCAAACGCUGUGAAUGGUGCUGUUUCGGCUGAUAAAUCUUCAGAUGAAAACAUGGGCUGGGGAGAUCUUAAAGAUGCUGUUGACGAAGCUAAGACCCUUGCAGGAAACCGCCUGCUUGAACUCCAUGAGACUCAAGAGGAUAAUCUAAUACUGUCUAACCAGUUAGAAGAUCUGCAGGCUCAAUUAAAAGAUGAUAACUAUAUUUUCACAUCAAAACCAUAUACAAUUCUUAGCGACAAGUUACAUCAUAUGAAUGCUGAGAUAGAACGAUACAAGGGUUUGGUUGAAGUAUUACAGAAUGAUAAGAACCAGUUCUUGCAAAGGGAGAAAGAAAUGUGUGCAAAAGGAGAAUCUGUCGACAAUAUUAAACAAUCCAUUACCGCUUAUGAGGCCAAAAUCGAAGAACUGGAACAUCAGAUUCUGAAAUCCAUUCCUGAGAAGAAUGAUCUUGAGAUCAAAGUUGAGGAAUCAUUGCAAGAUUCAGGUAAAAAAGACUUCAAGGAUGAGAUUCAUGUCAUGGCUGCAGCACUCUCUAAAGAGAUGGAAAUGAUGGAGAAUCAAUUGAAUAGAUCAAAGGAUGCGGCUUCUGAAGCACUUGCAUUACGUGAAGAAGCUGAAUCGUUGAGAACCUUGUUAGCUAAGAAGAUCAGUGAGCAGAAGGAAAUAUCUGAUAGAUACAACGCACAAGUCUCUGAGAUCAAGUCCCUCAAAGAAUUGAUUGAGACGUUGGAAAAGGAAAAUCAGGAGUUGGAAUUUAUUGUGGAUAUGUAUGGGAAAGAAUGUUCUGAGUCGAGGACAAUUACAGAGAUCAAGGAAUCAGAAAAUCGAGCUCGCAAGCAGGCUGAAUAUUUGAGAACUAGUCUAGAGGAGCAUAGUCUUGAGCUUCGUGUAAAAGCAGCAAAUGAAGCCGAAACUGCAUGCCAGAGAAGGCUUUGCAUUGCUGAAGCAGAACUGGAAGAGUUAAGGACCGAUGUAGAUGCAUCUGAAAGAGAUGUUCUGGAACUCAAGGAGGCAAUAAGAAUUAAAGAAGCGGAAGGAGAUGCUUAUAUCUCUGAAAUUGAGACAAUUGGUCAAGCAUAUGAAGACAUGCAGACACAAAACCAGCAUCUUCUUCAACAGGUUGCCGACAGAGAUGAUUUUAACAUAAAGCUAGUAUCAGAUAGUGUGAAGACAAAGCAAGCCUCUGCUUCCCUUCUCUCUGAAAAGCAUUUGUUACAGAAGCAACUCCAUCAGGUUAACAGUUCACUGGAGUCAUCUAAACAAAAACUCUCCCGUGGUGAAGAGCAGAUGAAAGCCUAUGUCGCACAAGCUAUAAAAACUUCUUCAGAGAACAGGCAUCAUGCAAUUACCAUUGAAAAGACUCUGCUGGAGGUAUCUGAAGCAGAGAAGGAGCUCAAGUGGCUUCGGUCCGUUGUUGGAUCCUCUGAGAAAGAAUAUGAGCAAAACCAGAAAAAAAUAGCUGAGCUCAGAACGGAGCUGGAGCGUGAGAGAAGCGAGAAGAGAAAGCUCGAGGAAGAAUACGAGGAGGUGAAGAAUGAAGUCGCGGAGCUGACCUCCGAGAACGAAGAGGCUACUAUCCAGAAGCUCCAGGACGAGAUAAAAGAAUGCAAGGCUAUUCUCAAGUGUGGCGUGUGCUUUGACCGACCCAAAGAGGUUGUGAUCACCAAAUGCUUCCAUCUAUUCUGCUCGACAUGUAUCCAGAGGAACCUUGAGCUACGCCACCGGAAGUGCCCAGGCUGUGGCACCCCUUUCGGGCAAAACGACGUGCGAGAGGUGAAGAUCUGAAGUCUCGGCGAGUUUGCCUUUGAUGACCUGGUAGUAGGUCGUUGGUGCCUCUGGACAUCAUCAUCCAUCUGCUCUCCAUGCUUGUCUCUUGUAGAUAUGUAAUGGUUUCCGUUGUCCCGUGGGGGCGCUUAGAUCCAGCAAAGAAGUCAUAAAACCUAAGAUAAAUGAACAAGUAACAAAGAAGUGAAAAUGAAGUUUGUUGUAACUUUA